ACUCUAGUGCACGUAUUAAAAAUGCACAGUAUUGUUCAUCUCAUCAGCAACAUUUUUAAAAUAACGAACAGAAAAACAAUUAAGUCGUACUCUCGCAUAUACCUUGGUGUAACUAUGCAAGCAACCAGGGUGAGGACACCGAAUCAAGUAUCCAGCUCUAUACUUUCGGAAGUUAAAAAAGAUGUGCGAAUGAAGAAACCCCGUGGAGAGGCUCUGUAGUGAGUCCACUGAAGAUGGCGUUUGCAUGAGGCGUUUAGAAUCAGCACUCAUGAAUGAAUGAGGCGCAGUGCGUGGAGAAGUUAGGAGAGUUCCACCGCAACCUUGGCGGGACACUCUGUCUUAUCUCUUUUCUGAUAUUUGCAAUUAAGGAGUCGUGCUACCUUACAGUUAGUCAAUCACGAGGGAAUUGAACUAGAAUUCAUUUGAGUGCUCUCCUUCCAAUCUUUGUCGUGGGAAGUUUUUCUGGGCACUGGGUUCUUGCAGUUUGCUUCUGUUUGGAUUUUCGUUGAAGCUGCGGCUGCUAUUCUUCGGGCUACCACUGUAGUUUUGGAGAUCCAGGCACAGAGUAGAGAACUUUUGGUUAGUUUUGUAGGCGGAGGAAGGAAAGAUUUGUGGCCAUGGCUGCCGAAAGGGUCUGGGAGAGUGUUAAAGUGGAGGGUCCAGACAGUGCAGGUGUUGCGACGCUCACUCUCCACCGUCCGUCGCGCUUCAAUGCCUUGAACCCCUCACUCUUUCAGGAAAUUCCAGCUGCAAUUCGUGCUUUGGACAUGGACCCCGCCGUUCGAGUGGUGAUAUUGAAUGCCGCGGGGCAGCACUUCUGCUCGGGGAUCGAUCUCUCUUUUUUCACAACCGUCGUUGGAAGUGAUGCAAGCACGUGCUUAGGUCGUCAAAGGGAGAAAUUCCGAAGGGAUGUCAAGGACAUGCAAGAUGCAUUCACCGCUUUUGAAGAAUGCCGAAAGCCUGUGAUUGCAGCAAUUCAUGGGGCUUGUAUAGGAGGCGGCAUCGACAUGGUCACUGCUUGUGAUCUUCGCUACUGCACUGAGAAUGCGAAUUUUUCUGUGAAGGAGGUGGACGUUGCCAUCACAGCUGACCUUGGCACCCUACAACGUCUUCCAAAACUUAUCGGUCAUGGUUCCGCCAUGGAGCUGGCACUUACAGGUCGACAUUUCAGUGGUCCAGAGGCAAAGUCGCUGGGUCUAGUGCAAGGGGUACUUCCUUCCAAAACUGAGCUUGAUGCCUACGUACAGAAGAUUGCUUCUCAGAUUGCAGCGAAGUCUCCCCUUGCCGUCAUGGGCACCAAGGCAGUGUUGAUCAAGUCACGAGACAUGAGUGUUGCUCAGGGUCUGGAUUAUGUUGGGCUGUGGAAUGCUGCCAUGCUUGUUUCGGAAGAUCUGGAGGAAGCUGCGCUAGCUAAGAUGCAGAAGAGAACGCCCAAAUUCUCUAAACUGUGAGGGUAUUGCCGUUCAAAUGACCUUGUUUGUAGUUUGAAUGAUGGAAUGUACAUACAAUAACAAGAACACAUGAUUAGGAUAAUUACUGCAGGGAUUAUUGACAAGAGUAAGGUUGAGAAGCGAUAUCUGGAAAGAGCGAUGUAAUGCCGUCUGUUACGCUCUCUCGAUGCAGACUCUCAAUCUGAAAUAAUCAUGUUCAAUGAAAGGUGGUUUGCCCCAGGUUACCAAAUAUGAGUCAUAUUCCAUUUUCAUGA